GUAGACUUUUUUAAAAGCAGAAGGCAGUGAAGUUAUGUUUUGUCUCCAUCUUGUCUAACGAAAUUUUUUUUUAACCAACAUGUUCAAUUUGAUAAAUACAGGCAUAUAAUGAUUUUAAGGUUUAUGUCUACAUACCAAAUUUAUAUAAGGCUAGUUUCAGGUCUCUAUGUGGCAAAUUUCAUUUAGUUGUGACAGUUGCCUGUGCAGAAGCUAAUUAGUACUUAUUAUUUGCUUUUUAGAAAAUGGAUUCCACAUCUCUGUUACCAAUGUUUUUAGACAUGGAUCUGACAAUAUCACAUAUAGAAUGUUUUCCUAAGGACGUUCUAGUGAAAUUUCAAGGCAGAAAUAAUACUGAAUGUGAGUUUGACUACCACAUAUUACAGAGGGAAAUUCAGCAUAUUCCAAAAGUAAAAGCUAAUGUGGACAUUGAUGAAUUUUGUUUGGUGGAAGAAAGAGUAUCUGGAGAAUGGCAGAGAGGAAGAGUCAUGGAAAAGAAAAAUGAACUCUAUACAGUGCUCCUCAUAGAUCACGGAGAAGAACUAAGAGUUGAUAGUACACAGGUUGCUUCAGCCUGUGGCAACUUAUUUGAGCUACCACCACGGGUAAUAUUUGGUAUUUUUGCCAACAUACUACCAAAUGGGGAAAGAUGGCCACUUAAAGCUUUGAAUUAUUUUAAGUCAUUAGUUGGACUACAAGUGAAAGGUUGUGUACAAGCUGUGUUGCCUCUUCAAAGGACUCUUCUAGAAGUACCAAAAAUUAUAUCCCAGGUUCUUGAGUUACAAUUAGGCAGACUUAUUGAUGGGGAUUCAUUUCGUCUUAUUGUGGAAAUGUUAAAAGAAUUCCCACAAGAAAUGCCCGAUUUACUACAACAUAGAAGACCUGAAUUGUUAAGUAAGAAUGAUCCUCCAGUUGAUGUUCAACAUGUUCUGGAUAAUUUGCAGCCAUCUUUGUCAGUAGGCAGUAUUGAAAGUAUAAAGGUAUCCUCUGCAUUGAGCCCAAGUAAAUUUUAUUGUCAACUAAUUAAAUGGAUUCCAGAGUUAGAAAAUUUAACAGCGUGUAUGACUUUGCAUUAUGAUGCUAUCGGUCAAGUAAGUAGUCCCACAUGUGAUAACUUUGGACUACUUUGUGUUGCCAAAAGAAGAAAUGGACAGUGGUAUAGAGGAAUUCUUCAGCAGCUCUUGCCCAAUAAUCAGGUGAAAAUUUGGUUCAUGGAUUAUGGCAGUACUGAGGCUAUACCUUCAAUCCACGUAAAGAAACUUAAACAGGAUUUUAUUUUAGUACCAUUAUUUUCAUUUCCAUGUUCUCUGACAUAUUUAAACAGUCCAGAUAGAGAUGCCAGAAAAUCUCAAUUGAGUGUAUUUAAACAAGCCUUGUUAGGACAAACAGUAUAUGCACACAUCGAUUGGUUCAAUAAAGAUGAACAUUUGUUUUAUGUAACACUACAAACUCAGGAGUCUACAAUUAAUUCUAAGUGUCUGCUGAAGACUAUAGGCACACAAGUAAUCUGUCCAGUGUCUGAAUCAAAAAUCUCUAGUAUGUUUAAAGAGAAUAGUGCUGCUGAUGUAAAUGGCUUUGCAGUUGAGCGUUUUGUUGGAAAUACUGAAUUGUCAAUAGACUAUCUAAAUAAAAACUCUUUGAAAGUAGGUUUUCCUAUUAAAACUGUAGAGAUGGAGAUAGAGGCUGCCUAUAUAGCUUUUGUAGUAUACGUAUUAAACCCAUCAAAUUUCUGGGUACGUACUAAUGAACAUCAGAAUGAACUUCAAGAUAUAAUGAAAAAUAUAAACAAAUUUUAUGAUUUGUGUGAAAAUAGUGAACUGAUUCUAAGAAAUCCAGAACCUGGAUUAUUUUGUUGUGCUAGAUACAGCAAGGAUGGACAUUUUUACAGAGCUGUCAUCACUGAAAUUAAUGGCUGUAAGAUUAAUGUUUAUUUUUUAGAUUAUGGAAAUACUGAUUCCAUACCAUUUUUUGAUGUAAAAGUUUUGCUUCCAGAGUUUUGUGAGUUGCCUGCCUUAGCCAUGUGCUGUUCACUUGCACAUAUAUUUCCUAUUGAAGAUUUAUGGGUGAAGGCAGCAAUUGACUAUUUUAAAAAAAUUGUCUUGAACAAAGAAAUUUUGCUGCAGGUUCUAGCAAAAAAAGAUGACAAAUACAUUGUAAAUAUUCAGAGUAUUGAAGCCUCAGAAAUUACUGAUGUUGUCCCUCUUAUGUUACAAGCUGGAUAUGCAGAAUAUUGGGAAGUAGAGCCAGAGUGUUAUCCCAAAUCUGCAAGUGAAUAUUCAGUGUUAAAUUUAAAAUUUAAAAACAAAGUUAAUAUUAAAGUCCUAUCUGCCUUUCUUGAAGGACCUAAACUUUACCAUUCAAAUAAACUAAAAGAAAGUAGCUUGUCUUUGGUAAAAACCCCAGCUGUUAAUUUCUCAGACUUAAAAAGUCCUUUCACCUUGUCUGUGGGGACUGAGUCACCACGACCUUAUAAAGAAUAUAUGUUUAAACCAGGAACAGUCCUUGAAGUUAAGUGUUCUUCUUAUUGUGGCCCAGGUGACUUCUCAUGCCAGCUUCAAUGUAAGUUAGAAGACCUAAAAUUACUAAUGGAACAAAUUCAGAAUUACUAUAGCAUUCAUUCAGAUCCUUAUCAGAUUGGGCAGAUUGCUUGUGUUGCUAAGUAUUCCAAAGAUGGGAAGUGGUAUAGAGCUGCUGUUUUGACUCGAGUAUCACGAAAAGAAUUUGACAUAGUAUUUGUUGAUUAUGGUUACCAGCAAAGAGUUUUAAUUAAAGAUCUUUGUGCUAUUAACCCACAUUUUCUUAUGUUAGAAAGCCAAGCCUUCAGAUGUAGUCUUAAUCAUUUAGUUGAACCCAUUAGUUGUAAAUCAUUCAGUUGGACAAGAGAAGCAUGCAGAGACUUUGGGAAUUUUAUUUCUUCAUCUAAAGGAUUGACUUGCACCAUUUAUGCCUUAGUUCUUACACAUCCAAACUCUUUAUGUCACUUAGUGGAUUUGCAAUCUCCACUUACUAGUGCAAAAGAAUUUCUUAUGAAUCAUGGCUCUGCACAGUAUACUACAUUAUCAAAGCCAUUCCCAUCUUCAGUUAGUCUUUACAGUUACUGUUAUUCUUCCUUUAACAUAAAAAUUGGAAGUGAGGAAGAAAUAUACAUAUCUCACAUAUAUAGUCCCAGAAGGUUUUAUUGCCAACUUAGUAGAAAUAAUAAAGACCUGGAGAUGAUAGAAACAAAAAUCACAGAGAUUAGUAAUCUCAAAAAUUGUCCAAAAUAUGAUCCUAGUAAAAUGAGACUGUGCAUAUCUAAGUAUGUAGAGGAUGGUCUCUUUUAUCGAGCUUUAACAAUGCCAACAGAUUCAUUAACUGACUUUCUGGUCUAUUUUGUGGACUUUGGAAAUAAGCAAUUAGUAGAAGGAAGUACAUUGAAGGCUAUUUCAGAUCAGUUUCCAGAGUUGCUGUUCACACCUAUGCAAGCUAGUAAGUGUUUUUUGUCAGAUCUUAGAGAUGUAGAUGUUCCAGCAGAAAUCAAUAGCUGGUUUAAAGAUAAUUUUUUGGGAAAACGAUUAAGGGCAAUAAUAUUGUCCAGGGAGUCAGAUGGCCAGCUUGGUGUAGAAUUAUAUGAUGGAUAUCAACAUAUAAAUCAGAAAAUUAAAAUGUUGCUUCAUGCUUAUGGAAAAAAACAUUGUGAUCAAGCACGCUGUGUGGAAAAGGGUCAUAAAAUAAGUGAGAAUAAGAGACUUACUAUUUCUUUGAAAGGCAAAACAGAAAACCACUAUCCCAAUAAUAUAAAUAAGACUCAUGUAGUAACAUAUUCUGAAAGCAAAACAGAUCAGUUAAUGAAUCCCAGAAGUACAUAUGCCAAGCUUUUGAAACCAUCGGCCUGUUUUAAAAUUGAAUCUGUGUCAAAAAACAAAGUGAAGUCUUUGAGUGAUGGAUUAAAAAAUAAAGGUGUAAAAAUUGUCCCUGGAUCUGCACAUACUCUUGAUGAAAAUGAUGUGGGCCAGAAAUCAGUAAGGGUUGUAUCACCAUCUUUUAUCCAAGAAUUAAAUCAAGCAGACUUUCAAAACCCAUAUAAUCUUACUAGACCACAGAUCAAGGAUCUUCCUCAACCCAAAAUUUACUUGAAUGCCAAAGUUAAAGGAUAUGUUUCUAGUGUCAGUAAUCCAGCAAGUUUCCAUAUUCAGCUUGUUGAUAAUGAAAAUGUAAUCAUCAGACUUGCAGAUGCUCUAAAUGAAAGAAGAACAAAGAUAGUGAAAGAGAGAAAAUCAGUUAAGCCUGUGGUGGGAGACCUUGUAGUUGCCGAAUACUCUGGUGACCAUGCCAUUUACAGAGCAGUCAUUAAGAAAAAUUUGCCAGGAAAUUCUUUUGAAGUGGAAUUUAUUGACUAUGGUAACACUGCGGUAAUAAGCACAUCAAAAAUUUAUGAAUUUCAGAGGGAAUUCUUAACAAUUCCUCAGCUAGGAAUCCAUUCUUUUCUUAGUGGAGUCAAGUGGAAUGAGCCUGAUGAAAUAUGGGACAGUAAAACUGUGGAUUAUUUUGCAUCAAGAGUAAGUAACAAAACAGUUGCAUGUGAAUUUUUGAAAAAGCAUGAGCAGAAAUGGGAAGUAAAUAUCAUUUGUGAUGGAACAUCUGUUAUUAAUGAACUACUGAAAUGGAAAGCAUGUUCAAAACUUCAGCAAACAGGAUUGCAGAUGCCAGCGGUUUUCUCUCAAAAAGUGAGUUCUGGUGAGGAUAAUGAAAUUAAGAAAGGAAGAUCAAAUGAAUAUGAAGGUUCUAUGAUCCUUCAACCACCCUACCAACAGCUGGGUAAUAUUCCUUUUGAAGAGUUAAAACCUGGCCAACUGGAAAAGGCUGAAAUACUUUAUGUCUCAAAAAGUGGGACAUUUUAUGUGAAGUUAUCAAAAAAUAAAAAAAUCUUAUCAGAUUUAACAGUACUAAUCACUAAAGAAGUAAAAAAACCUUUAUCAAUGGGAACUAUUAAAAAAGGCCUAGAGUGCUUGGCAAAAUCUAAAAAAACCUUGAAAUGGUAUCGAUCAAAAGUAGAAAAGAAGUGUGUUGAUGAUAAAGUGCUUGUUUUUUUAGUAGAUCGUGGUAGGUAUGAAAUAGUACCUUUAGGUAAUACCAAGGUGCUUAGUAAUGAAAUAAGAAAUAUUCCAAGACAGGCUGUGGCUUGUAAAUGGAUUUGGUUUGAAAAUUUUAGAAACAGGUCAUUUGAGUCUAUUGUGUGUUUAUUUGGUCAUCUGGAAAUAAAUAUUCUUUUCCUGAAAUAUUUAGACUCUGUGUGGGAAGUAGACAUUUUGGUAGAUGGCCUGUUACUUUUUGAAUAUUUAAAUUUAAAUAUAGUUCGUGUUGAAAACAAACUUAGAUCUUCAGAAACGAUUUUUAAUAUGGAAUCUAAGUCUCCUGUGUCAUGUACAAUAAGAUCAUAUACUUGGGCCCAACUCCAAAAUGGAAAGCAGUAUUCUGGUAUUGCCACUGCUAUUUCUGAUCCAUCAGAUUUCUGUGUUCAGUUAGAAGAUUUCUUUGACACAAUGAAAUCUCUCUUUGUGUUGCUUUCUGAUCUACCAGAAAACUUACAAACAGUGCCUCAAGAGUGCAUAUUUCCUGGUGCUAGUUGUUUGUUCAAAUAUGAACUGGAAGAUCAGUGGAAUCGAGUAGAAAUUUCUGAAGUCUCUAAUCAGUCUUUACUACUUGUGUUGAUCGACUAUGGAUUUUCUGUUUACAUACCUUAUUCAGAUACAAAAAAUCUCAAAGUUGUUCCUGUGGAACUUCUGAAUUUACCAAGGUUAAGUUAUCCUUGUAUCUUAGGUGGUAUCUUACCUGCUAAGGGGAAGCAUUGGAGUGAAGAAGCCAAAAGCUUUUUUCAAGAUCAGCUAAGUAAACCAGGCUUAGUUUUUCAGUUGAGGAGGUAUAAUUUUGAAACAAAACUGGAAGUAGAUGUCAUUCAUGAGAAAAACAGUUUGGCAGAUAUGUUGGUUGUAUGUGGUUUUGCAGUAUAUUCUAAAGAUUCAGAUCAUCUUAAUGAUGGAGUUAGUACUAGUGGAUCUACUGAAAUCCAGUAUCAAUUACAGAGUAAGCCUGUUUUCCCAUUGUUAGAUCAAAAUUGUUACAAAAGAGAAAAUACAAGCUGUAUAUGCACUGAGAAACAAAAACUAAAAGAGAAAACCGUAAAGAAAGAGGUCUAUAAGAACUUAAGGAAAAGCAAUAUCAGUAUGCGAUUAUAUUCUAGAAAUUUAACUCUGAGGAAGGCUGACAUUGGAAAACAUAAUCCCCGAAGUACCAUCACAUUUGAUACAUGUACAGCAGCUUCAUUUUGGGAACUACUGAAUGAUUUGAAGAAUAACACUAAUUUCAUUGAAAACAUUUUUGAAAAACUACCAACUGAAGAAAUACAAGAAAAUAACACAGUGGAUUUGAGAACAAGGAUAAAAGCACUGCGUGUUAAUGAAAAAAUUAUAUCUGAGGAACACUUAAAAGUGAAGGGAGAUGAAAGCUCAGAUCCUCUAUGUAUCAGUUUGGCAACAAAUAAUACAUAGGAUACCGAAUAAUUACUGUUUUGUUGUAGAUGCUCCAAAUAUAUAAUAAAAGUGGUCUUCAGAUCAAGAGGAUUGUCCUUGGGGAACUACUUCUGGGAGCCUAAUCUACACUUGGACCUGAUUUAGAUGAUGAGGUUAUCUUGGGAUGCUUUCUCUUGGAAUCCAGCCAUCAUUCUGUGAAGAAGUACAAGCAGGCUUUAGAGAGGCUCACAAAGGUGAAGAACCUAGGCCCCUGGUCCACAGCCCUGGUUGAGCUCCAAUUGACAGCUAACACCAACUUGCCAGUCAUGCAUCACGAGAUGGUAUCUGACCAUGUAGAAUUGAGGGAAAGGAGCAGAAGAGAUCCAAUGAGAGAAAAACAAAGACAGAAGCAAAGAAAGAAAAUGAAUUUAACCAUAUUCUUUGAUGAAACAGAGGAUGCCGUGUCUUCAAAAGUGCAGUAUGGUUAAGUGGAAAGGGAAUGACUUUGGACUCAGAUAACUCUACCUUCGAGGAUUGACUCCACUGGCUAGCCCCGUGAUCCCAGACACUCCAUGGUCCUCACACCUUUUCCGGGAGACCAACAAGUGGCAAUUCAAAGGUAAAUGUGUUUUUGUCACAAAGAAUCUCUGAGACUAACCAGACACAAAGAGGAAUCCAAAAGAGGUAGCACCUUUAAAUGUGUUUCUGUUCUUGUUCCCACCAUAUUGUAUUCCUCUAUUAAUUGUUUCCCCUUUCCUACAUACUCUUCCAGAAUUCUGCAUGCUCUUGGGCAUGGGGAUGGUUGUAGAGGCUCAAAUCCAGCCCUGGGAAUGUGAAAAAGACUAGGUGGACAAUGUAUGCAUCAGUGGCUGACUGGGGAACGGAUGUAUGGGGCAUAAACUUUCUCUUGAGAAUUUUCCUUGUUAAAGCGAUAGUUUAUUCAGGGGAUUUUGUCACUUGUUCUACCAUUCCCAUGUUCUCCUAUGAAAUUCCUCUUUUUGAAUUUACAUACAAAUUAGGCACUUUACAGAGCAGAGACUGGAUUAUCAGUCCGUUUUCUCUUGUCCCUUAUUUUCUACACUUAUUCUCUUUACUAGUUGGCUAAGUGAAUGUAAAUAACUCAGUGGAGGAGUGAGAAAAGGCCCUCAAAUAUGGUGGUGACACAAGUCGAUAAGAACCAGGAGUCUGCCCUAUGAAAGCCAAGGGGACUGUGAGGUGAAUGGGAAUAUGCUUCCAUUGUAUUAAAUCACACAGAAUGAGAAAUUGGUAGUUUCUGUAGCUGGGUGUUGUUCAUUCUCCUAAAGAUACAGUUUGGAGUGUUGGGGUUUGGAGCUGAUUGCCAGGAAAAACUUCUUGAGACGUCUUCAGUGUAGAAAGGUGGUUUUAUUAAGCACAGAGAGGAACCGUGGGAAGAAAGAGCUGUACUGGGGUGUGAGGAGUGACUGAUUAUAAACGAUUUUCUAUCCUAUGGAGAGGAGGGUGAUGUUGGGGCUCCAGGAUACUGAGUCUAUAGGUUUCUGGAGGUUGUUCUUCUCUUGUAAAUCAUUAAGACAGUUGCAAACUGAUGGAGACUCCUGUCCUUCAUGACUGUGCUCUUUAUCAUAUAACCAUUUGUUUUUCCCUUUCCUUUGUUCUUGGGCUGCCAGGACUUUUGAGGAAUGUCACACCUAUCCUACCUGGGGAGUGGGGGUGGCUGGAAGGGUUGUUAGCUUGUGCUUUGCCCUCAGCUUGCCUUUUCUCCCUCAUCACUAGUACACUUUAUAAAGUGAUGAGAAUAAAUCCAUAGGACUUUGCUAAAUAUCAUAUGAUGCUCAUCACUAGGCUAGAUAGUUGAAUGAAAUCUUCAAGGAACUCAAUCUGGGAUUGAGUCUUUGGCUUUGUUGCUGUGAGUGCAGAGGGUACGGGACUGUAAGCUUCUGUGGUUAAUGAGGUUGUCAUUUAUCUCCAAAUUACCUGAAGAAUCCAGGCUGUGGUGUUCUGAAUAUAAAAUGUAAUCCUUCUUAGGUAUAAGGGUUUGGCAGCCUUGCCUUCCAGAAAUAAGUCUUAUUCUAGGAGAUUUUUUUGUGUUUUUUUGGUCUGUUUGUUUGUUUGUUUGUUUAAUAUCAGCUCUCUUCAACACUGCCCAAGGUGAUCAGGUACUAAGGUUGUGGACAUGGCCUCCAGAUCAUUAAGCCACAAGUUUCACAACAUAAAUAAUCUGAAUUCAAUAUAUGUAAUGCCCUAAGAGAUAAAUGACUGUGAAAUCCCAUGCGUAUGGUUCUUCAGAUGUCACUCCGGGGGCAAGCCACCUCACAUGGAAAGAUAUCUGCCCUAAGUGAUUAAGCUGGAAUUUAAUUUUACUUAAAUAUGUGAACACUUUUAAUAAGGCUCUGGAGGUAUUAUGAAGUUUGCAGAAUCUUUAUAUUUGAAAAAUGUUUUAUUUUGCUUGAUAACAUGCAGAAAAGCCCUUAUUGUGAUUAGCAUUUGAAUAGGAGGAUCAUCUUAAUACUCUUGUUAUUAAUAUGACAGAUUUUAUUUUCCCAAAGGUGACAAUUGAACCCAGUUCUCAGAUCAGUUAAUCCAUGUAUUUAUGAGAAUUGAACUUUUCUACCUUGUAAUUUGGUUCUGGAGUACAUUGGAUUUCCUCCUGCCCUGUGGGGUUCAUGCAUCAAUUUAAAUACCUAAGUUAUUGGCCUACUUUUUUGCCUAAUAUGAAAACAGGUUUUUUCUCUGAGUUUUGAUGGUUGUUUACAUGUUUUAUGCUGGUAGCAGUCUGUAUUGUCAUUUGUAGGCUCUUGAACCUCUGUGAGGUUGCAUCUGCUUCUGAGACACCUGUUUCGGUUCUUUAAGGACAUUUAUAAUGAAUGGUGGUACUUCAGCACUUGCUGAUGCCUUUUGCAUGGAAGUGGGAAGUAAAGGUAGGGAGAAAAGGAAGAUGAAACAAUUUUUCUUUUUUUUUACAUGCUCCUCUUUUUACUUAUCUGUAGUAUUAGAACCCUCAAUUCCCUCUCUGUAAAUCAAUCACUGUUUUCUUCUCCUUGCUAAGAGUUGCCCCGCUUGUUUUUGUGGUCCUCAACUUGCUUCUUGCAUUGAUCCCUUGUGACCAUAUUCCAGAGAAGUUAUGGAAAGUCAAGUCUAUGGUUCCUGAGUCUGCAUUGUGUGUUACUGCUCGGUGUGUUUGGCUCUCUGAAAAACCACCUUCCCAUAUGUGACUGUAAGUUUUGUUUAGAAGCUGCACAGGUAAUGUGCACCCACAUUUGGGUACAGCAAGAGCAUAUAAAUUCUGAUUUCAAGUUUGUGUCAGAAAUAGGUCUGGGCAGAAAGUAAGGUUCUGAAAAAUUCCAAGAUAUCUCUCUCAUUGCCAGCUAUUUUUGCCUUGGCCAUUUAUCUAGGCCAGCUCCCACUUAAGUUCAUUACGCCUAACCACCAUCUCCUCUCCAGUAAGCUACCAAGAGCCCCACAUUUGGUUCCCCUGACUUCUCCUGCCUGUGUUGCGGCCUGUCUUCUGUUUGUGGUAAUAUAGUUACUGCCCCCAAAUGCUCUCACUCUUUUCUCUUUUAGGACUGUUCUUUAAAUUCUUUGUCUUCUCUUGGUUGGUCUAGAUCUCAUUCCAUUCUUCAAAGCUCAAGUCAAGUCCCACCUUUUCCAAACCAGGGUAGAAAUCUCCCUAAACUUCCUGAUAGCUUGUUCCCAGUUACUCUUUGGACACUUCUAGGAAUACAAAACCACAACACUUCCAAGAUAAAGUCAUCUUACCUUGGUGUAUCAUAUAUGGAGUAUAUUGUUAAGAACCAAUUAUACUAUGGUAUUCAGAUAUUUGCAAGAUGAGUAUGGAGCAAGAAAUUAAUUAUGUACUAGCAAAUCUGGAUUCUAAUCCCUUUAUAGUCACUAACCAGAUGUAUGACCUUGGGAAACUUAAUUUUUCUCUUUGCAUUCCAGUUUUACUUUUCUGCAAAAAGAUAAUACUAUGUGAGUGAACUGAUUCUCAUAUAAAGUUGCUAUCAGAAAACUUCACUUUGUAAAAUUUUAGAAUAGUGGCAUUUCAUAUUAACCAGAUUUUGUAUAAAAAUUACAGUAUAUCCUUUAACUUUGGUAAACAUAAUAAUUUGUAGUUGAUGCAAAUUUAAAAAAAUGGAUACGAUUCUUAAGCAGGUAUCUGUAAAUUACACUUGAAAAUCAGUCUCAUUAUUUUA